CAGAUCUAUCACUUUGCCUAAGAAUAUCAAGUUUAUAUAAUUGAGCCAGUAAUUGACAGUUUACUGUUAAGCGGCAGAGCUCCAGCAUUCUCCUAGGGCAUGAGAACACAGUACAAGGAUACAGCUUGGAUUUACGUUAGUCAACAAGUUUUUUGAGUGACGCACAGGAAGCUUAAACUCUACUAAGUGCUUAGAGAUUGAAUUGCUGGAUUAAGAAUCGUGUUACCGGGCUAAAUCAGUAGUAGCAAGACUGGCUGAGCCGAGUUACUUUCUCUACUUCAGUUUCUUCCACCAAUGUUUACAGGCAAGAAGCGAAACCCCGGCCUUAAAAUUCCAAAAGAAGCAUUUGAACAACCUCAGACCAGUUCCACGCCACCUCGAGAUUUAGACUCCAAAGCUUGCAUUUCUAUUGGAAGUCAGAACUUUGAGGUGAAGGCGGAUGACCUGGAGCCUAUAGUGGAACUGGGACGAGGUGCGUACGGGGUAGUGGAGAAGAUGCGACACGUGCCCAGCGGGCAGAUCAUGGCGGUGAAGCGGAUCCGGGCCACAGUAAAUAGCCAGGAGCAGAAAAGGCUAUUGAUGGAUUUGGAUAUUUCCAUGAGGACAGUGGACUGUCCUUUUACAGUCACCUUUUAUGGCGCACUCUUCCGGGAGGGUGAUGUCUGGAUCUGCAUGGAGCUCAUGGAUACGUCGCUAGAUAAAUUCUACAAACAAGUGAUUGAUAAAGGCCAAACAAUUCCAGAAGACAUCUUAGGGAAAAUAGCCGUUUCGAUUGUAAAAGCAUUAGAACAUUUACACAGUAAACUCUCUGUCAUUCAUCGAGACGUCAAGCCUUCCAACGUGCUGAUCAAUACUCUGGGCCAAGUGAAGAUGUGUGAUUUUGGAAUCAGUGGCUACCUUGUAGACUCUGUUGCUAAAACCAUUGAUGCAGGAUGCAAACCAUACAUGGCUCCUGAAAGAAUAAACCCCGAGCUCAACCAGAAGGGAUACAGUGUGAAGUCUGACAUCUGGAGUCUCGGCAUCACAAUGAUUGAGUUGGCCAUCCUUCGGUUUCCUUAUGAUUCGUGGGGAACGCCUUUUCAGCAGCUCAAACAGGUGGUAGAGGAGCCAUCACCGCAACUCCCGGCAGACAAGUUCUCCGAAGAGUUUGUUGACUUUACCUCGCAGUGCUUGAAGAAGAAUUCCAAAGAACGGCCAACAUAUCCAGAGCUUAUGCAACAUCCAUUUUUCACCCUACACGAAUCCAAAGCAACAGACGUGGCAUCUUUUGUAAAACUGAUUCUUGGAGACUAAAAACAAUGGACUCAAUCGGUUGACCCUCCUGUGGAUUGGGAAACAAAACCUGAAUUCCAGAGCCUUCAAAAUGAAAUUAUCCUUCUGGGGGAAGCACAUUGCCACCAAAUACAUCACUUACCACCUGUUCCUGGUGUCUGCAAAGAAGAUGUGUCAUUUUUCUGAGGUUUAGAGAGUCACUGUUUACAGCUAUGUAAAUAUAAUCCUACCAUCGCAUGUUUUCUGAUGGAGUCGUUUGGAUUCAAGACUUAAGUUGAGGUUUAUCUUUUCAGUUCCCGAGCCAAACUCCUUUGUCAAGCAAAAUUUCUCAAAAAGCCUCUUUCCUAUCUGAGAUGAAGAGGACGGACUGGGCCUACCUAGAAACACAAAGCAAGGUCAAGGACUUCGUAGUAGGGAUUUUUUUUUUUUUAAAAGAAACCAAUAUCACCUCGUAACACAAACACGUGUUAAUGGAAUUUUAAAAUAUUCAGCCCAGUUCCCUGGGACUGUCAGUAUCUUGACAUCACUUGUGCUGUCAUUUGAACUAGGACUUUGAGCCCUUUAUUCUUGGGAGUUUACAGUUAGGUUUUGGGAGAUUUGCAUUGUAUUUCUUUCUUAGAGUUGUCAGUGUGGACAGAUUUCUUUGUGGGCAGUUAAUCUCGACAUGCAUGGGUUUUCCCCAGGUUACAUUUGCAUUUCUGGGAUUCAGGGUCUCUUUUCGAGGAAUGAGCCUAAUGCUCCCAUGACUUGGAAAUUGAGUUCAGGGAAAACACGGGAAAGUUUAGGCGCUUACUGGUGUUUUAAUAUAGGAAACAGAACUUCCUAAGUGCUCCCUAGAGCCUGUGGCUUCGACCAGGCCAUCGCAGUCUUUUCUGUUUUUCUUGAUUGCAUUUGCUUGUUAUUUUUCUUCUGGUCACGGAUGACCUGGGCUGAUUUGACACUUUUGUAGAAAGGAACUGAUCCAACCAUUUUCAUAUCUCCAAACUCAGAAUCAACGAUUUUGCAUCGGUCCACCUAAAUGGACUCUGUUGUUCCCAAAUCUUGAAAAUGUCAGGGAUAUCUAAGAGAGCUUUUAGCAAAACCCUCAUUAAAGAUAUAAGACCUUAUUAUAAGAACUUCUAUUUGGCCUUUAAAGAAGAGCAGCUGGGUGGGGUAUCUGUUCCCCUUAAGUAAUAUUCUGUUGUGGCCAGAAAUGAGCAGUUAGCAUCAUUCGAUCACUACCAACGUUUGUAUUGGAGUCUGCAAGCUGUUUCAACAAAGCGUGUCAAGCCACUGCCUUAGGGGAUUUUCAUCGGACUUUUUGAAGUUUAAGGCUGAACAGUGAUAAGAAAUCAUGUUUAGGGGCUGGGAGAAAAGACAAAUGCAAAGAGCAGUGCUAAACUAAGAACUCCAUGGAAGGGCAAGCUGAUAAAAGAAGCUGGCAGACAGAGUCCUUAACUUAUUUUCAGUGUUACUGUAAAAAUAAUCUCUUGUGAAGAACCCAUCAGAAAGCCAAACCUUUAUUAUUAUUUUUUUCUCUUAAAAAUACUAAACUAUAAGAGGAUUCAGGGAGUGGCAUUGGUUUGGAUAUCAGAAAAUUUUCUGAUGUUUUCCUAGUGUGAUUGAUUCUUCAGAGUUACCAUUUUAAACUGAUGGCACCCAGUAAAAAGGUAGAUGAUUAGAGGAGGGAUAAAGCAUUUUGAGAGUAUACAACCCAUCCAUCAGCUACGUUCUGGGUAAAGAAAAAUGAAUCCAAAAUUGAGCCCCUUAACCUUUAGUUCUGGUGACGGAUGUUUUUAAGAAAGGUAGACACCAAAGGUUGCCUGACGAGCAUAGUUUUCCCACAAUUCCACAGAGAACUUUAAAUGUUCGUAGAAACACACUACAAAUCUUCACCAGAAGAGCUAGAAUUUAUGAUUUUAAAACAACACUCAAAGCUAGUUUGAAUUUUCAGAAGCAGUGAAUUGUGUGGAAGAAGUAGUUGUUUUCUUUUCUUUUCUUCUGAUCUCAAGUUGUCUGUCCUAGUGUAUGUUCAAUACUUGGGGAGGUGAGUUGAGGGUACAGAAGUGGUUUCCAGACUAGGUUCAGCGGUGCCCCUGGGGGUCUCUUGUGAAGGGAAAGGGAGGAGAGUGUGAUGAAGGUCAACCUUGCCCAUCUGAAACCCUAUCAACCUCCAAUUAGGAUAUUUGGCCACCAAUAUUGUUCCCUUUAACAAGAAGUCCCUGUGACUGUUAAAGGCUUGGGAACUUUGGAUGAAAUGACAACUUGAGGACCCUAAACAGCCCAAGAAUCUGGGAAAUUUUCUAGCCAGCAAUGUCUGUGAGUCCCUGGCUUUUGCUGUAUGGACUAUGCCAACGGGGCUUGGAGGCAGAAGGACAAGAAGAGAGGGCCAUUUACUUUAUUUUUUAAGCAUGAAUCAUAUGAAAGAAAAUGCGAAAAUCAUUAUGUGAUGGCCAUAAAUAUAUAUUCUUAAAUUGGUUAUUUUUCUAAAGUGGUUGAGAAUAACCUGAUUUCAGUGACAAGGAGUGGCCUGAGUAGGCUCUUGAUGGGCAGUGGAAUUUCUAAAUUUCAACAUUUGCAGAGGCAGAAGUUGUAAUUUUUGACGUGUAGGAAAAGUAAAGCUUUUUGGACAAUUUUGGCACAGAGAAGGGUAGAUCUGAGACUCAAGCUAACAGAGUUACAUUGCUGGAUUUUACAAGGGUUACAGGUGGAGAAAGGUAGUGGGAAGCUGGUUCAGCUGAAGCAGCUAAUUGGAAGCUGAACCACUAGUUGGUAGCUGAGAACUGUGCUGGUGUAUUUCGUGAGAGAAUGCUUCGACAUCAGCUGAAUCAUAUCAGGUGCCUUCUACACACAAAUAAAGAGUCUGUGGUGAAUUCUGAUAGUGGUUUGUUUGCCGCUAAACCAAAUUCAACAGCUGGGAUUUCACAGCAGCCAUUUUAGAACACUUUAUGUGUCAAAAAAUUACAUUUGGCAACAAUUUGUAGAGUUCUCAGCCAAUCUCUGUGUAAAAGCCACCCCAGGAGAUGCGAUUAAGAAAAUUCAGACAAUUUAUCUGUCAUAUUACCCCUGUAUUUGAUUUAUUCUUUAGUCACAAAUUUAUUUUCUUAGAGGAGUGAUUUUCUAUAUGAACUGAGAUGAUGAGAUGAUGUUUUAAUAAAAUAGCAGGUAUUUUUAGAGGUAAAGUGUUUUCUUUAUAUGGUUGACUUCCACAGUUGGACGUAUUUCCUACUAUGUAGAAUCAUUGCAUUGGCUCCUUUUAAGCUGAAAGAAGUAUUAGGGAUGUAAUUCAAAUUCCUUAUUUAAAUACAUGAACAUUUUUCUAUAUAUUUUGUGAAAAUUUUGAUGAGAUGCUAGAUAUAACUUCUAUGUGGAAUUGAACUUUACAAGAAUUUUAGUAAAAUAGGUGGGUUUUCCCAGCGUCCUUUGUGCUUCAGUUUCAUUGCUGAAAAUGCUGCUUCCACUUAUUAAUCUGGUCUUUGUAAGGAAAAAAAGCUACUUGGUUCCAGGACCCCUGCAGAUGCUCAAGUCCCUUAGUCAGCCCUUCCUAUCGCGGGUUCCGCAUCUGUGGAACGGAGGGCUGACUGUAUGUGUGAUUGAUCAUUUUCCUAUGUUACACCCCAGAUUUGUUUUUAGCCAUGUUUAUUGUAAAGACAGCUGUUGGGGCAAGUGGAACCAUGCCUGGUCUUUACAAUCCCUUCAUGCUAGAAUGAAGUAAUUCCAUAUGCUAUUUAGGAGGCCAUGCUAUCUUUUUCUGGUACCUGAAAUAUUCUGAAAGGAGAUCGGAGAGGUUGUGCACCCUAUCUUUCCAAACCCAUCUUCCACACUGUCUCUGGAGAGUUUGAAAUAGAAGAAUGACUGCCGUUUUGUGGAUCUCCUCAUCAACUGACUCCCUCAUCUUUGUAUAGUGUGCUGCUAGCUUUCCCUGGUGGAAAUCAUCUCUUCUUUAUCUAUUGGGAGACUUUUUCUUUAUGAAUGAGGCAGGCUGAACUAUAGAGUAUGGAAUUCAUUACAAGUUCAUAAAGUAAAGACCUCUGAAGGAUGUGGGUGGAAUGUUUCCGUGCCUUUGAGGUAAAUGUUAAAUUUAUGUUCUGGCCCUCGGAACUUUUUGCUGUGAGCUGCAGAAGGAAAGGAGUUAGGGGUAUAUACUUAGUGUUUUCUAUAUGGAAAUGUGUGGGACAGCUUUCUUAAGGUGGAAACAUUCUUCAUCAUUCUAUGGGGAAAGGGAAGUUAUGAACAUUAAUUGAUAACUUCAGUCAGGGUUCAGGAUUGUAUUUAAAAAUACCUGUUUUGUGGAGAAGUGUGCCUUUUGUUGUCUUUGCUGUAUUGGCUCUGGUGGCCCUCGUGCAUUUUCAUUUUAGCCGAGCUUUCCUGUUAUCUAGGUUGUGUGCAUUGUUUUUUGUUUUUCUUUUGAACUACUGCUUAUUGUAACUGGUGAUUUUAUCUCAAAAUUCUGAAACGAAGGAAAUAGCUAAUGUGCAGGACUUGGGGUGGACGCAAGUAUUGGUGCUGAUGUAGGUUGAGUUUUAAUAGAGUUAUCAGAAAUGUACUGAUUUGAGGGAUAAUGUGGCUUUAAAGAAGUAAUUUUUGCUUUUAACAUUUGGAGAAGCCACCUGUCCUAAGUCCUUAUUCUUGAGAAAUUCAUCUUUUAAUGCAAAUACCAUUGGUGGGGCAUACUUAAUACCUGGAUGAUUGUCCUCUAUCAGUAAAUAAACAAAGCAUUAUAAUAAUUGCCAAAGGUGGAGGUAAUUUUGUCUUAUAAUAGGUCAUUCUAUGGUGAAAUUUUCCAAUCAGAGUAUCUUGUAAAAAGUCUAAGUUUAUGAUUUCCCUCCUCUUUUCUGAUUCAAGAGCACGGUAAAGGAAGAAUAAGGUUCUGAUUGCUAUGAAAUAGUUCUUUGAAUCUGUGUUUUGACCAAGGAAAUGGCUGAGAUGUUGAACUGGGUGGUUGUUACAUGGUUCAUAUGGCGAUCGCUCUGGCUCCCCUCUCACCACCUCAAAAGGAAAAUGAAAUUGACAGGUUAAGUCAAACUUGGACUCCUCUGUUGAUGAGGAGCUUACACUUUGAUUUCCUAUCUCAGGAUAUUCUUCAGUUUCAUACUGCUGCUGAGGAGGAAGGAACAAGCUGCAGACACUGUAACUGGUCUCCGGAUGUUGUGCGUGUGUAUGUAAAACUUCACACCGUGUGUGUUGUGUUCAAUGUUGUGUCAAUCUAUGAACUGACUCAAACAACAAUUUGAAGAUAGAGAAGACAGUGAUAAUGGCAAAAGACACCCAACCACCUCACUCUGUCAAAGUGCUUGCUAUGACUUUCAUAGCUAGGACAAGUAACAUAAGUAUUCAGGAGCAAGGUGUCCUUGAAAGAAAUGGUGUGUUGAUCUCGUAAGAAAAUGUACAACCAAUAAAAGACAUUUUAAAAACUGCA